GACUCGACGCAGGGCACCAGGGACGCCACGACCUUGGAGCAGCAGCAGAGCUUCGCGGACCAGGAGGAGGUGCCGAACACCAAAGACUACGCGACGCACGAGAAGAAGCAUAGCCACGACUACCAGGAGGAGACGCUGAACGCCAAGGACAAUCCGACGCGCGCGAAGCAGCAGAACCGCGACGACCAAGACCCGACGUUGGGCACCAAGGACACCUCUUUGGAGCAGCAGAGCUUCACGGACCCAGAGGAGGCGCUGAGCACCAAGAACUGCGCAACGCGCGAGAAGCACCAUAACUACGACGGCCUGGACAGGACGCUGGGCACCGAGGGCGCCGCGCCCUCGGAGCAGCAGGGCUUCGCAGACCAGCGGCGCGAAGAUAAUGCGGCGCGCGAGGUGCCACCGACUUUCUUCGACCUGGACGCGACGCUGGGCACCGAGGGCGCCGCGACCUUGGAGCAGCAGAGCUACGCAGACCAGGAGGAGACGCUGAACACCGACUCCCGCGCCACGUACAAGAAGCAGCACAGAUACGACGACCAGGGCGAGGCGCUGGGCAAGCAGGGGCGCGAAGAUAACGAGGCGUGCGAGGUACCGCCCACUGUCCUCGAUCUCGUAUGCGACGUCGUGCGGAUGCGGCUCGAGGAGGGAUACGAGGUCACGGCUUUGUGGAUGCACGACGCGUUCUACAUGUGGAUCGAGGAGUCAGUCGUCGAGCGGUCCGUCAUCGGUGUCUUCGAGCGCGACGACACGGGGCACACAGUAGGAAUGAUCGUGCCGAGCGGCACCGAGAGCGACGAAGAGGACACCGACAUAGAGCAGGCGUCCGGGAGGGCGGGUGCUACCCCGCCCACCACCCUUGCGCGGGGUGGGCGGUGCGGGCUGGGCCCGAGCGUUUUUGUUUGUCGCCUGCUCCCACAGCGCGACCGGGCCACAGCUAGGGCGAGUUAGUAACGAAUUUCGAACGUGGCCUG